AUGGCUCUCGUCCCCUCGUCGCUGCCCGACAAAUACCCCCCGCUGCCCGACGACAAAUUUCCGUUCAAAGAACCUCCGCCCGUCGUCAUAACGCCCUGCGAUCCGUGGCCGCCGCCAUACUACCUCGAGGAUGGGUUGCGCAAGGUGAAGCCGUAUCACUUCACAUAUAAUACCUACUGCAAACAACGAUGGCGUGGGAGGGAGAUACUAGAUAUCUUCGCGAGCGAGUUCCGGGACAGACCGACAGAGUACUAUGAGAAGGCUAUAAUAGAAGGGCGCGUCGUGCUGAAUGGCAAGCCGGUACCUUCUACAAAGACGAUUGUCAAGAAUGGCGACAUAAUAUCGCAUACGCUGCACCGACACGAACCUCCAAGCACCGCAAAACCUAUAGGCAUAGUCCACGAAGAUGACGAUCUCAUAGUGAUCGACAAGCCCGCGGGCAUACCGGUCCACCCCGCCGGCCGGUACAAUUUCAACUCAGUGAUCGAGAUUAUGAGAGCUGACAGAGGAUAUGGCUGGAAUCCGCUACCAUGCAACAGGCUGGACAGGCUAACGAGCGGGAUCAUGUUUAUCGGGAAGCACAGGCAAGCAGCGGAGGACAUGAGUGCGCAAAUUCGGGAGAGGACAGUCAAGAAGGAAUACAUUACGCGCGUUGUCGGAGAGUUCCCGGAGGGCGAAGUCGUCUGCGAGAAGCCCAUUCUCCAGAUCAGCCCGAAGCUCGGGCUCAAUCGCGUCAGGGCAAAUGGCAAGGAGGCAAGGACGGUCUUCAAGAGGCUUGCGUACUAUCCGCCCAAAGACGAUAAAGAAGAGCCCGUUGCACAGAACGGAGAGCAUCAUCCCGGCAUGGCGUGGAAGAAAAUGCGCGGUUACUCCAUCGUCCGCUGCUUUCCGAUCACCGGCCGCACGCACCAGCUCCGGGUACAUUUGCAGUAUCUCGGGCAUCCGAUAUCCAACGACCCAAUCUACGCGAACCAGCGAGUUUUUGGGCCGUCACUCGGCAGGGGCCAUUCAGAAGAGGAAGACGACGAGGAUAUCAUGACGCGGCUUUCACGCAUGGGCAAGGAAGACAUUGCAGACGCAGUGGCAUACCACGACGAGAUGGUGGAUCAGUACAACAAGCGCAAGGCAGAGAAGAUGACAGGCGAGACGUGCAGCGUUUGCGACACCCCGCUGUACAGCGACCCGGGUGUGCAUGAGCUGGGCAUAUACCUGCACGCGCGAAGAUACCAUUGCGAGGAGGGCAAGUGGGAUUACGAGACCGGCCUCCCGGAAUGGGCAUUACCGCCGCCAGGCUAUGAGGGUGCAACCGAGCUAACGAAAGAGUCAGACCCGCUCGCCGUCGAUUUGAAGAAGCUGGGGCUAGAGGACGACCACGAAAGCAGAGAUCAACAGGGGCAGGCCAAUGCUGUGAAGAACGCCACUAAGACGGAUACCACGUCAGACGAGCCGGUGGCCGCCAGCGCAGGGGCAUGA